AUGUGGAGUUACGUUUGUUUACCAUUUUUGUUCUUGUUUUGGAACGAUUUAGCUGUAGCAAAGUCGAUUUUCCUCCCUACUCAAACCGGAGUUGACGGUUCACGCGCCUUUGGUUCUCCGAGUCCUGUUUGCUCCUCGCCAGAUCCGAACCUGAACUACAGGCCGGUCAUUGGGAUUCUGAGCCACCCUGGAGAUGGCGCGUCGGGUCGUUUGACCAAUGACACGAGCACCACGUACAUCGCAGCUUCGUAUGUGAAGUUCGCCGAAGCAGGUGGCGCACGUGUCAUCCCUCUCAUCUACAACGAGCCUGAAGAAUUGCUCUUUCAGAAGCUAGAACUGGUCAACGGAGUGAUAUUCACAGGUGGUUGGGCUAAAAAAUAUGAAUAUUUCGAUAUCGUCACAAAGAUCUUCAACAAAGCUUUGGAGAGAAAUGACGCUGGAGAACAUUUUCCAGUAUACGGCAUUUGCUUAGGUUUCGAGCUUAUGUCAAUUAUCAUCAGUCAGAACAGAGACAUUCUUGAAAGAUUUGAUGCAGAAGAUAACGCAUCAAGUCUCCAGUUCGUUGAAAACAUUAAUAUCAAAGGAACUUUGUUCCAAAGAUUUCCUCCACCGUUGUUGAAAAAAGUCAGCACAGACUGUUUGGUUAUGCAGAAACACAAGUGGGGUAUCACACCAACAAAGUUUCGAAGCAAUGCUGCUCUGUCUAGUUUCUUUGAAAUCGUCACAACCUGCAUUGAUGAAAACAGCAAGACUUAUGUAUCAACUGUUAAAGCAAAGAGAUAUCCAAUUACUGGCUUCCAGUGGCAUCCUGAGAAAAAUGCAUUUGAGUGGGGAUCAUCUGAAAUUCCACACUCUGAGGACGCAAUCGAGGUGACUCAGCACGCUGCAAGUUAUCUAGUCAGUGAAGCAAGGAAGUCAAAGAACAGACCAGAAUCCAAGAAAGUGUUGAGUAACCUCAUUUACAACUACAAGCCUACCUACUGCGGCUACGCGGGGAAAGGUUACGACGAGGUUUACCUUUUCCCACAACCAAGAUCCCGUUUCUAA